UCGCUGAUUGGCCCCCCUGUCACCGUGGCUAAUAUCCGCAGCCUGCCUUAAACCCUCUGUCCCAUUUCACCGCUGCAUCUUGAAUGUUGAGCCGCGACGCCUGACACAUCGCAUGUCGUGUGCACACCGCCCACACCUAUAAGAAGUGCUUAUCCCCGCAACCCAUAACCACAUACACAAAUUUACCAUAUAGGUCUACGGGGAUCUACAGAAAGAUCUUGAACCGGUCUGCCACCCUCCUCUGUGAGCCAGUCUUUUCCAACAUCCAAACCCGCUUCUAUCUGGCACCAGUCCCAUCCUUUUCCAUGGAGAUCGAAAACCCAUCUGAAUCACACAUUUCCCAUCCCAGGGGCCAUGAGAGCCCCCCAAUCAAGCACGAGUCCCACAAGAUGAACACCCCCGACCUGCCGCGCGUCAUCGCAGCGACCCAUGCCAAAUCAGCCACGCCUCCCGACCGUGAAAUCAAGACCAAACUAAAGGUGUUGGGCAACGGAAGGGUGAUGAAAGUACAAAAAGCGCGCCAGCGGAAGAUCUUGAGCUGUGUCUACUGCCACUCAAAGAAGAUAAAGUGUUCGCGAGUCCAGCCAAUAUGCAAUAACUGUGAGAAAAUCGGCAUCGAGUGCAAAUACUUCGUCAAUGAACGGAUCAGUAGAGGGGGUAAGAAAUCAGCACGGUUGACGGACCAGGAAAGAAGCGCCAUGGAAAACACCAAGCCUGCUCCCAAACCUUCCAACUAUACCAUCGAGACCUCAGCCAAUAAUCGUGACUCCUUCAGUUCCGAGGAAUCGAUCGUGCUCUCUCCAGCAAAUGAACUCAAGAAUUUGGAUAACUCGGCCACUUCCACAGCUACCAGCAUCCACAUGGAUAGCUCGGAAUCAAGGCAUUUGGAAUCUGAGAAUUCUGCUUUCCCAAAGUACGACGUUGGUACGCACGAUCUUUCCAUGAAUUACUUCAACAUCCAGCAAAAUGGAUCAAUCUCGACUCCCCACUCGGGGCCAGCUGCUAAUAACGUGCCAAACAGCUUGCUCCAAACGCCAAUUAUGAAUAACAUGUCAAAUAAUAUCACCAACAACUUCUUCAAUACCAAUUAUUCCAACCAACCGCCCCAGGUGAACAGUGGUCACCGGCUUACCGACGAGCUGUAUUCGUUCAAUUUAAGCUCUUUCGCACUCAACAACGAAUCAUUAACGGCUAACCCCAAUGUUGAGUCUCCAAGCCUUCCUUCGAGCUUAUCCCAUACGAACAUUAACGCAUUUUUCAGCAAGAAUACAUCCAACUUCCUCGAAAACGGUGGAGCACCAAACCAAGCCCACGCGGAAUCCCCUGAUUUAAACUUCAAUGGCCCUCUGUCCACGUCAAAAUCGCAUGAACAGAUUUCAAAAACCACCACCAAUUCAACACUCAAUAAUUCCUUAAAUGCUCUCCCAUCAAAUCCUGCCACAACUAUCAACUAUUUGUACGGUACUAACACCUACUAUGAGAAUAAUAAUCUACUCGAAGAUUUGUGGCAACAUCUUCCAUCAUCCAAAGAAAGAUCGUUUGAGUUGAUCGAUCGUUAUGUAAACUCGGUUCAUAUUUUGCUACCAAUUUUUGUGAGUUUGAACGAUUUUCUCGCAGUUCAUGAGCAGUACUGGGAGCUCAGAACUGCCAAAACUAACGACAUGGCAACUCAUAAUAGAAUUACUGGGUCUAAAAAGUCACCUGGGUCUUCAGCCUCAGGGGGAUCUCCCAACGAUGGUUCACCUUCCAACGGCAUCGAAAUCGACUAUCUUCAGUUCUAUACAUUGUACUUUCCUGUGUUGUAUGCCGCCACCAUUUCAGAGUUCGAAGAGUACGACAAUUUAUUACUAAACCAAGACAUCAAUAAUUACUUGAAAGGCUUCAACAAGAUUUGCCAGUAUUACAAUUAUCCUCAUGGAUUGAAAACCAUUCCUUUGCUUUUAGGCAAUGUUAUCAUACAGUCAACCUCGCCCAACCCUUCAGCUAUGGAGAUGUCACAAAUUAUUAGGUACGCCAAAUUUCUCCAUUUGCAUAAAGAUCCAGUAUUGAGCUUGGGAAUAAAGAAUUGGGAUGCGAUUAAAUUCAGAAGAUUGUUAUGGUGGAUAAUUUUUGGUUUGGAUGCAUUGACUUCACACAAUUUCUGCUUACCUCCUAACUGUAAAUUUGAAGACUUCAAUGUGUUAAUGCCCGAAGAGGAUGAACCAAUUGACUCUGGUAGAGGGAAUAAUAAUAAUAGCGGAGAUCAUAAAGGUCCCGAAAAAAGACUUAAUAUUGGAAUAUUGUCCAUGAAUGUAAAGUUCAAGUACGACAGAAUUAUGAGUGAAUUGGUUUACCACUUACACAAUGGCCUUUCGUCUAACAUUAGUAAACUGCAAAUUGAAGAAAUCAAAAUGAUGAUAGUCGAGUAUCACAAAUAUAUUCAUCAUUCUAUCAAUAAGAUGAAUCACCAUUUUAGACUCAAUCCUCCAUCUUCAGUUCAAGAAGUGAAUUUGAUUAAUUUCAUUAAAAACCAUUCUUGGAGUUUUGUGGAUAGAGCCAUGAUGCUCUUGCACAAGAAGAUUUUGAUGAGUGAUCUGGAUCUGAGACAUAACCAAGACCCAGAUAGUCUGGGGAACGAUGGUAAACUCAAAUCUGGUUAUUCAAGAAAUUCUCCGGACUCUUCGAAUGGUACUUCCAGCUUGAGGCUGAAGAGUCUUUCUAUGAGUCAGUAUGAAGAUACCUUUGGACAUUUAAAAGAGGCCAACAUCAUAUCAAACCUCAAUAACUCGUCAAUUUCACUGCUUAGAUUUAACCAAUCUGAAAACUUUUCUUAUGAGAACAUGCACAAUAAUCUAAUUCCUUCUAUUUUACACAACUUGAACGAUUUCCUUAAGUAUAACGAUUUUAUCAAGUUUGGUAAGUUUAAUUGGUAUGUCAAAAGAACAAUCCCCUUGGAUUCUAUCAUUUUGAUGUUCAUCAUAAUCACAGUUAAGUUCAAGUACGAAUUUAUGACCUUGAGUGAGCUUUGUGUCUAUGUGAAAUUGAUCAACAAAAGUUUGUUCAUCUUGAAUAGAAAAUGGUUCAAGAACGAAAAAUACAAGAGAAUGUUAAGUUUGACAAACUUGGCAUGGGAAUUCAUCUUGAAGAGAUACAAUAUUGUGCAGUUGGUAAGUCAGUUCAGUGAAGCUAAUAAGUUAGAAGGUAGCAACAACAAUGGAGCUAAUAAAUUGGAAAUUUUUGACUACCAAGAGACCAGCUUCAUGAAUAUGAAUGAGUUGUUCAGUGUCAUGGAUGUACCCCAGCCCAUCUUAUCAGGUGGUGAAAAUAAGGAAUCAAAGCAGCAAAAUAACUUUUUGAAGAAUGACGCAAGUGAAUAUGCACAAUCAUUAGCGAGUGUCAACAAUCAGCUUGCUAUUAGUUCUACGCAUUUAAGUUUGGAAACUUUAACUGAGUUGAUGAGAUUGAAUGAAAAAAUAUACUACGACUUAAGAAACAACUAUGUGGAUGUUAAUGACUAUUGCGCAUUUUAUUCAAGCUUGGAGGAUAUUAUUCAUGAGUUGAUGGAUUUCAUUCAUCGAACCCAGUAAUCUUUGCCAUCUGGGUAUAAGGAAAGUCUUCUAGCUUCCCUUUGUGGAACGCUAGGAUGAGACAAUUAAAAGAGCAAAUAGCAAGUCCUUUGGCAAUUAUGCUAGCUCACAAUAACGAAUUUAUGUUUAUUUAUUGCAUCA